CAUCACUCUCUCUCUCUCUCUCUAAUGCGAUUCUCACUGUUCCCCUCCCAAUUGCCCGCCAUCCAAUCCCAUGAACAAAGCCUUGUUCUCCAAAGAAAAUUGAAUUGAAGUACUCAGAGGCGAAAUAAUGUCCUGAAUUUGACGUGUGAGAGUGUGAAUAAUAUACGAUGCUUUAAUGAAUUGAAAAUUUGAGCGAAUCGCUUAAAUACAAUUGGACGUCUCACUGAUGAUCAGAAUGUGCAAAUGGCUGUCAAGUUAAAUAAGAGCGAGUUGCUCCAGCCUAACCCCUGGACUCAUCCAGGAAUUAUCACCGAGUCUGUCUCUGUCCUAUUUUGCUUACCAACAAUUUGCCAUGAACCCGUCGAGCCAGAACGGGAAAAGGUACAAGCUAUAGACAAUCCCGUGGGCUAUUGGACUGUCGUGUAAUUAUUAUUCAUUUAUUCUGUGGGGGGAGAGAGAGAGUCUCUGUCAAUUCUGGUGAGGGAGGAGAGAGAGGGGACUGGUAUUUCAGAAGCUCAUUGCCUCGCUGAUUUUGAGGCAUGAAAGGGAGAGAGAUAGGAGAGUACGGCACCAGUUUCACCCCCCCACCCUAUUUUUACUGCAUUUGGACCUCUUCUCUUCAUCAUCCUUCUCUGCGAAAUUCUCAGAGCACCAGGAGAGAACACCUAGGUGAUUUGAGCUAAUGCUGCGGAAGAGGAACAGGUCCCUCCAGAAGGAUCAACAUCACAUGGGUCAUACUUGGGACUGUUAUUCUCAGUCUCAUGGUUUGGGGAGGAAACUCAAAAGCAACUUAAUUUUCAAUAUCCCUCGUUUGUUUGUGGGUCUUGUUCCUAACAGCUUGUUAGAUUCUGAUUCAAUGAGGAGCCCUACAUCUCCUCUCGAUGUUGAAGUAUUUCCAAGUUCAGGCAACCCAGCUAGAACUCCAAAAUCAUGCCAGAGGAGCUGGGAUUGCAGCAAAGUAGGCCUAAGCAUGCUAGAUUCUUUUAAUGAUUCUUCUGAAUUUUCUGGGAAAAUUAUAUCUUCAUCACAGAGUAAGUUUCCAAUCAUCAGUCCCAGAAUGAGAAUGAACUUCUCAAAUUGUCUAAACUGUGCUAAUUCUUUUGAGGCAUCUAGGUCCUUACCCAAAGAUUUUUGUAAACUUCCUUAUAGCCAGAAUGGAUCUGCUAUCCCCAAGGGUAAUUCCAAUACUCUUUUUGAGAUUGGAGAAACCUGCCUAGAGUAUGAACCAUUUAGGAAAAGCUGGUCUUCAAUGGAUUCCUGCAAUCCGUUUAGAAGCUUCUCCGGUUUGACCCUUCCCAACAAUGACUCGAACUCCGGGUUUUUCCCAGUGAAAGAUAUGUCCACCGAAGCAAUCUUUCCUCAUUUUGUCGAAAGAAACCAUGACUCAAACACUUCGUCGCUGCCUACAGAAUUGAACUCAGAACAUUUAUCAUCUCUUGAGCUUGUUGAGUCUCUAUCUGCUGGUGAGAUUGAGGAAUCUGAGGACUACACCUGUGUAAUUUCCCAUGGUCCCAAUCCUAGAACGACCCAUAUUUUCGGUGAUUGCAUCUUGGAAACUCAUUCUGAUGAUCUUAGGAUUCAUGGUAAGAAUGAAGAGAAGGAAGAUGGAGCGUGCCCCGUGGUUAACUGCUCACAAACUCCAAACCAGUAUCCCUCUAAUGAUUUCUUGAGUUUUUGUCACCACUGCAACAAGAAACUGGAUGAGGGAAAAGAUAUUUACAUGUAUAGAGGUGAAGAAGCAUUUUGCAGUUUGACUUGCCGUGAUCUGGAGAUCAUGAUUGAUGAACAAUUGCAGCAAUCCAAUCCGUCUGAAAAAUCUCCCGGGCAAGAAAUUGGUGAGGAACUUUUUGAAACCGCUAUCCUCACUACUAGGUAGCUUGGAGCCUUUUCUAUCACCGCCACCAUGGUCAUGAGAAUAGGAGAUGCAACUGAUCAUCUGUUCACGUAAGUGCUGUCUUUUAUGUGCAUCUAUCUGCAGCCAUGGAUGAUCGUUUUGUACGUCACUGCAUUUGCCUUGGGCCUUUCGGAUUUCAUGUUCUUGGUGGAUGAUGGCUCCUAUUUAGCAUCAUGGGUAUCCAUAUAACUUGAUAUAUAUGUUAUCAAACUAGUGAUAGUUUAGUAUUCAUGUGGGAAGGAUUGAAGCCGAUUUUUCUGGCUUCUCCUCGUGAUUUUCCUGCAUUAACUUCUAUCAUGUCAAGGAUCAAUGUAUACAGCCCGAACAAGUUUUUGACUGAAUGAUAUAUUACUAUUGUUGUAUGUACAGCUUGCUUCCCUUCCAUCGAUUA